GAAGAAAUAUAGAACAGGCACAGUAGAGAGAUAUGCCAUACAAGUAAAGGUCGUCGCCAGAUAACAUGCGCUACGUUGCGAAAGUGUUAAGCUCUCCGGAAGCAAUCGUACUCUUUUGUGGUUGCCUGCACGUGACAAUAUCUUCCGGGCCAUGCGUGGACUUGGAUGUGAAAGGCUGUCAGACCAACCCACAACUCUGUCAAGACCCCCUUCUUGCAGAGGUCACCUGUCCCGUAAUGUGCAACAAAUGCCCAAAUGUUCCGCAAACGACGCCGGCGGCCACGACAGCUGAUUGUUCGGACUUGCUUAAUCGCGGUCGUUCUUGGCCGUCUGGCGUUUACACGAUUGUUACCUGGAAGACACACACUAAGGCGGAUGUCUUCUGUGAUAUGGAAACUGACGGUGGUGGAUGGACUGUGUUCCAACACAGAGUCAAUGGUAGUGUGGACUUUUACAAUAAUUUUAGCAGCUAUGAGAAUGGUUUUGGAUCGCUCCAUGGAGAGUUUUGGCUAGGUUUGCGGCUUCUAAAUGAACUGACCUCACGGCGAAACAACACGUUACGUAUUGACCUACAAGCACCUAACGGAACUAGGGCGUAUGACGUUUACGGCGGGUUUAGUGUUGGAAAUGGAUCAAACUAUACGCUACGUGUGGGCAACAGAGUUGAUUCAUUACACCUGAGCUCGAUCAACAUACUAUCGCCAUACCACGACGGCCAGGCAUUUUCGACUUACGACCACGAUAUGGAUCACCAGUCUCCAACCAACUGUGCCUAUACGUACCACGGCGGUUGGUGGUAUAAUGGCUGCUACACUGCUAACUUAAACGGACGCUACGGCGUAUCCGGUUUCCCCUAUUACGCUGGAAUGGUGUAUCAGUCAUUUACAGGCCGCUUGAGAUUAACAGGAAGUAAGAUGAUGUUUAAAUAAAACCAAACUAUCAUGGUUGCAUGUAUA